UUGAAGUCCUGUCUACGAGGGCGAGCCCUCCAGUCGAUUCACGGCUUAGCACUGACGGCACACAAUUACAGCAUUGCACUGGACAUUCUCAAGUCGCGAUACGAUGACAAGGUAACCACACGCCAUAUUCUUUUCACGCAACUGGCGAACCUCCCUUCCUGCGAUGAACAAGGUAAACACCUGCAGUCGCUCUACAAUAAGAUGUAUUCACUUACGCGCCAGUUCUGCUCGUUAGAAGAUGACACAAAAGAGAUAGCACUCGGAGCAAUACUUUUGAACAAAUUACCGCGAUUCGUACGCAGCAUGGUCUACGACAGAGCAGGGCAGUCACAUAACCUCACGCCAAGUGAAUUACUUCAGAUACUGACGGAUAUCGUACACAAAGAAGCAACGCUUCAGGAAAUCGAGCACUACAACAACCAGAAAAACGAUCGAUAUGAAGAUACCUAUUUCGCAUCACACGCUCAACGCAAAAGAUCGACUCCGUAUACACAGAAGAGAUCUCUCCCCUUGAAGACCGCUUCGAAUGAAAACAUCAGAACGCCUCCGCAAAGGAUCAAGACAUGUUCUUUCUGCGACUCCAAAGACCACAACGCCAUCAAAUGCACCACAUGGCCGACAGCGCAGCAAAGAAUACAAGUGAUAAAAGAGAGGAAGCUGUGCUUCAACUGCCUUUCGCCAAAACAUCGCACCAAAGAAUGUCCAUCAACAAGAACUUGUCAACAAUGCUCCAAGCGCCACCAUACUUCUAUCUGCCUGCAAAACCGGCCGCCUCCCCAGCAGACAUCGCCGACGACGUAUCAACAACGCCGUCCGCCUGAAAACAGAGAAAACAACAGAAGAUCAAGAGAAACGUCGCAAGUGCAUUUCGUCGAGGGAAGUCCUAACGCGGGCCAGAGCAAUCCACAGGUAACUACUGAACAAAACGAUAUUGUAGCCGUUGCUGAGCAUACGCCACCCACCCGACAGCCAAUACUACUCAUGUGCGCUGACGUUGAUGUUUUCAAUCCCGAAACGCCAAAUGAGCGGAUCACCACUAUGGCAUUCUUCGAUAGCGGAUCCAGCAGAAGCUAUAUCACCACGGAACUCGCUAAGGAUCUGCACCUUCCACAAGGAAAAAUGGAAGAGGUAUCAAUAUAUACAUUUGCCUCUGGUAGUCCUCUCCCGCUUCUCACAACGCUUCAUAGCAUUGGGGUUUAUACUAGUAAAGGAGGCCAGAUUUUGUGCGUAAAAGCCAUCGAAACUCUUACAAAAGCAUUGAAGAUUGUGCAACAAAGAUCUGAAAAUUGCUCGACUCUUGUCUCUACGAAAAAGAAGCCCUCACUUUUGAUUGGCGCAGACUAUUUUUGGGAUAUCCUCUUCUUUGAUGACUUCUACAUCCAAUCGAUCGACAAUGGUUAUCACUUGGUGCACUCGUCUGUGGGCGACAUUAUCACAGGAAAAACAUUGUGGCAAAGCAAGAACAUGGAGCACUGCUUUAGCGUAAGCGAAUCUCAAGAAGAAAAUCUUGAUCAACUGGUUACUAAACUAUGGCUGCAUGAUGAUGUGCAUAAUGGUUCCUACAGUGAGGAUGACAAUAAAUGCCUGAGAAUCUUCAAUGAAACGAUCUACUUUGACGAAAUCGAGGGUCGCUACGUCGUGCAACUCCCCUUCAAAAAGGAUAAAAAAGAGCUUCCCAAUAAUAUUCAGCUCGCAUACGCUAGACUCCUCCAUAACAUGAAGCAUUUACAACAUUCUCCUGAGACGCUAAGCAAAUACCACGCACUGAUACAAGAUCAACUUCAAAAGGGGAUCAUUGAAGCAGUGCACGAACCAAAAUUACCCAAACUAUGUCACUAUCUCCCGCACCAUGCCGUAAUUUCGGAGGAAAAACGAACCACUAAACUACGAUGCGUCUACGAUGGUUCCUCCAAAUCAAAAGGAAACCCAAGUUUGAAUGACCUACUCUACAGGGGUCCG